AUGACUUGCAACGAGGAUGAAGCUCUCCUGGAAAGACUCGGCGAGGACGCCGAAUAUCUGGGAGACCCGUUCAACACGUGGCCCUCGAAUCGUCAAGAUAUCCUCGACGUUGCGGAGGAUAUAUGGCAACGCGUCGCUGAGAGAUAUAGUGGCAGCUCAAGCACCAGGCUCAAUCUCGUCUGUCUCAGCAUCGCAGCUUUGGGAGACUACCUGAGCCAGGCUCUUGCCGAUAUUGCACGCGCGAGAGGUGUCGACGACGACGCUCGAAGCGCCAUCUGGCUAUUACCGGAAAGCGUCUGCCGACCUCUCUUGUGCUCCAUGAAGAACUGGUGUCCGAACAGACUACAUGGCUUUCUGAAUGCCCAGAGCUGUACCGUUGGAGUCUUGUGGUACCUGGCGAAUCUGAAGCCGCCAUCUGUACAUGAUGGCCACCGUACCUGCACUGCUGAGCAAUGUUCCUCUUUACACGUGGACUGGCAUGACUAUACCAUCAACCAUAUCUCCAGAGGCUGUCGUUGCGCUCUGAUAGGGCCAUCGACGGAGGAAAUGGCACGGAUAGUGCGCCGAGGCUCGAUCGCCCUGUUCAAUGUGCAGCAUGAUUCAGGGAGAGCCAGGGUUACUGUCCAAGAUGAAACCCGUGCAGGGGAACGGACAUGGCAAUCUGACGGAGAACUCUCUGCCGACCUGUGUGCUCGAGAAACUGCAGAAAGAGGUCGACGCACUAGGAGUCUCAUCGACGAAGACUCAUCGACGAAGACUCAUACUCCGAUAUGGAUGGACACCAUAUGCUUGCCUCGAUAUCCACUGGACAUAAGGAGGGAGGCAAUACUACGUCUCAGCGAUGUCUUCCGCAAUGCUACUGGCGUUCUGGUCCUCGACUCCUAUCUACAGGCUCUGGAAUGCUCCGACAUGCCUCCCAUGGAGGUUCUUGCUCGGAUUUCCAUCUCAGGCUGGACUUCGAGACUGUGGACAUUCUCUGAAGGCUACCUGGCGAGACGGAUCUGGUUUCAAUUUUAUGACAAGGCAAUCUAUCUACAUGAUCUCAUGAGCCACUGGCAGGAAGCGCUGACAUUGCGAAUUCCUGCCAAUCCCCUGACUGGUGUAUCUUAUGAAAUGACGACUUUAUACUCAGCUACCAGUCUCCUAGGUAGCCACCAGGAAGAGCAGCAGCAACAACCAGGACUUGGCAAUAUCAAGGUGGCUCUGACAUCCAGGCAAAACAGCUGGCCCAGUGACGAAGCCUUGUGUCUUGGAGCCAUCCUGGACCUUGACCUUUCCAAGAUCGUUUACGCCGACGACAACAAGAAGAUGGCCGCUUUCUGGCGACAGAGGGAAGCUGUGCCAAUCGAGAUUCUCUUCUUCAGGUGCCUACCCAAGAUCGAAGAUUCUGGUUGUUGA